CCACAACCUCUCUGGGCAGCCUGGACCAGGGCUCCCUCACAGGCAAGAAGUCUUCUCACGUUGAGGUGGAACUUCCUAUGUUCUAGUUUCAACCCAUUAUUCCUUGUACUGUUACUGGGCACCGCUGAAAAGAUCUUGGCCUCUUCCUCUUGACACCCACUCCCCAGAUAUUUACAGACAUUCAGAAGAUCCCACCUCAGCCUUCUUUUCUCAAGACUCAACAGCCCCAGUUCUCUCAAACUUAACCCAUUUCUUCAUCAGUUUCUUCAGAUGGACAACCUGUUUUCAGCUGCAGCUGGGCAAGGUAAUUUCUGUUAAAUCAACGAGGUUUAGAGGUUGUUUGGCUGCAGAAGCCAAGUGUGUGACUCAGAACACCCCCUGAGUAAUACUGCUGCUAGCCCGGGAGCAGAGGAAAGGGUGAAGAAAUCCACAAAGCCAUCAGUCAUGUCUGGCUGCCUGGCAGACUGCACCAUGGCAGCCUCUUCCACAUGUCUCUCUCCCAGAGUGAUUUCUGUUUCACUGGAUUCUGGAUUUGCUCCAGGAGCCACUGUUAAAAGUUUCUACCAGAUCACUUCAAAGGUGAGAAGCAUCAAUGGCAACAAAGGAAACACCAUAGAGAAGCUUGGAAAGCAAGAACACCAGCAAGGACUGGAGUAAGGAAGGUCACCCGUGAGAGCAGCAACAUGGAUCAGUAACACAAGCACCAUGGCUUCAUUUCCUGUCCUCAAGCAAGAGACCUUGUUCCAGAACGGUACCUGGAGCUAUCGGAUCCCAGCCCUGCUGUACCUGCCACGCUUUGGCAUCAUCCUGGCCUUCGCUGAGGAGCGGGAGGAUUUGGUGGAUGAACACGCCAAGCUCAUCGCCCUGCGCAGAGGUGUCUACCACCCCACCACCCACCACCUCCAGUGGCACAGCAUGGAGACCAUUGCCAGUGCACAGCUGAAAGGCCACCGAUCCAUGAACCCCUGUCCUGUUUUUGAUGAGGUCUCAGGGAAACUGAUCCUGUUCUUCAUAGCUGUCCCAGGAAAGAUCUCUGAGCAACAUCAGCUCAGGACAAAGAUCAACCUAGUACGUCUCUGCUACGUCACCAGCAUGGACCAAGGACGCACCUGGAGCGCUGCCCAUGAUGUCACUGAUGACACCAUCAGCACGGAGUACAAGAACUGGGCCACUUUCGCUGUGGGGCCAGGCCACGGAUUGCAGUUGCUCAACGAGGCCCGCAGCCUUGUGAUUCCUGCCUAUGCCUACCGCAUCUUGGACCCUGAGAAACACCCCACUCCUCACGCCUUCUGCUUCAUCAGCUCUGACCACGGCACAACGUGGGAGAUGGGGAACUUUGUGGGGGAGGAGAGUGCGGUGGAAUGCCAGGUAGCAGAGGUGCACACCUGUGGCAGGAGGGUCCUCUACUGCAAUGCCAGGAGCAGCAAGGGAGCCCGAAUCCAGGCAGUCAGCUACAACCAUGGGGUGGACUUUGAGGGAGGCCAGUGGGUUGAAACACUGGUAGAACCUCCUUCUGGAUGUCAUGGAAGUGUUACUGCCUUCCCACCUCCCAUGGAUGCCAGGUGCCAAGACAGUUGGUUACUCUACGCUCACCCUACAGACCCGAAGGGUCGAAAAGAUUUAGGAAUUUACCUCAACAAAAGCCCUUUGAAUCCAAAGCACUGGACAGAACCAAGCAUCCUCUUCAAGGGCCUGUGUGCUUAUUCAGAUCUGCAGUACAUGGGGGUUGGGCCAGAUGGCUCACCCUUGUUCUCCUGCCUCUUUGAAUAUGGGACCCACCAACAGUGUGAAGAGAUCAUCUUUGUGAUGUUCACUUUGAAGCAAGCCUUUCCAGCAGAGCACUGAGUGUCCAGCCUUUCUAUCAACGUCCCUCUUGCUUCUGCUGAUUCUCACCUUUUCACUGUCACUUCUCAUCCUUUAGCAAAAGGGGUUUUUUUGUACUUCUCCCAUGCCCUUGGUUUGGUGUUGGCUUUUGACGUCUAUGGAUAAAGUCCAUUAAACAUACUAACAGUGA